AUGGCUUCCACUUGGAUCUCGUACUAUUUGGCUUGCCUUCUGUACCCAGUCCCAGAUCCGCCCGCACGCAGGCAGAAAGAACUCAAAAUCAUCUGCCUGGGACUGCCUCGCAGCGGGACCGAAUCUCUGAACAACGCGCUCAGAAUCCUGGGAUACGACGAUGUGGAUCACGGAUUCCGCUGGUGGGCCAAGUAUCCGCAUUUCGGCAAGCUAUGGAUGAGGUUGCGGCUGGCGCUUCAAGAGGGCAGAUUAUUGGAUCCCCCGACACUGCGGCGGGAAUACUUCGACCGUCUACUCUACGACUGCGAGGCCACGACCGAUAUUCCAAGCGUGUGGUUCGCCCACGAGCUGAUGGCGGCGUAUCCGCAGGCAAAAGUCAUUCUCAAUCGCCGUCAAGACGUCAAGGCUUGGAAGGCGAGUUUUCGAGGCUCCGUACUGCCCAUGCUGCGAGGUUGGGACUGGUACGUCUGGAGUUUCUUCGACCGAGACUUGUUCUGGAGUCUGUGGCUGUCACGCUCGCAACAUGGACGCAUCUCCCUGGGCCCGGGGGAUUUCGAGCAGCAUGCGGAGGCUACCUAUGUCGGGCAUUUCGAACGCUUGGAGGCGGUACUGAGGGAGCAAGGAAGGCUGUAUCUCGAUUGGUCGGUGGAGGAUGGAUGGUACGUCCGCCCCCCAUUUGUUGGGUUUUUUCCUUACUUUUUUCCUUACCUGAUAAGCUUAUGCGGUGGCUUGCUAUUUAGGGCCCCUCUUUGCCAGCUUCUCGACCGACCGAUUCCGGAUUCGGAAUUCCCCCGAGGCAAUACGGCUGUCGAGUUCAUGCCCAAAGCGAUGAUCGCCGGGCAGAAGCGAAUGCGAAAUGCGAAGCGGAAUGCUAUGAUCUUGGCUGUGGCUUUCGCUGCUCUAUCAGGUUGUAGCGUCUAUUGGCUUGUCCGAAGGUGA